AAAAUCCAUUCCAUGUGAAACUAUAAAAAUGCAACAGCCGAACUUACUCGAUAUUGUCCCUGAACAGCUAUUUCAAACAUAUUCCAUUAGUGAAAUAGAUCAGGUGCAAAAGAAAUUGCAAUAUGAAAUCGAAAGAAAACGUGAGGAAUUGCGUGCCAUGGUUGGGGAAAGGUACAGAGACCUCAUCCAUGCAGCCGACACCAUAGAAGACAUGAAGUCCACAACAGGCAGUACAUUGAACCACAUUGAUGAAAUGAUGGUAGCGUGCAAAAACUUGCACAAUACACAUUUAGUUGGCUUCAAGAUUCAGGAUAGACAGAUGCUUGAACAUAGUUCACAGUUAAAUAUCAAUCCAGUACAUUCCAUAUCUGUACAGAUAAAAUUACUGAUGGAAAUUCCAGAGAAGAUUUGGAAAUGCAUUGGCAAUAAUGAUUUUGUGAAGGCAGCACAGUUGUUUAUUAUGGCACGGCAUAUCAAUACAGGUCUCCAACUACACAUGGGAGGGAAAAAUGAGAAGCCUGGAAUGCAGUCAUUACAGAGGUUGGUGCAGCAGCAGUGGUACUCAGUGGCUAGUCUCAGCCAGACCAUUAUUGAUAUGUGCAGGCAAAGGCUCCAGGAUGUUGAUAUUACUGUUGAGGUGGCAUGUUCGUGUCUCGUAGGUCUCUAUUUGCUGGACCCUCAGCCCGUAGUUCAACUCCUGAACACUCUGAUAGAAGUUCACAGCAACUCCAGUCUGAAAAGCACUCUACAAUUCGAUCUAGCGCAAAUAUUGGACGGUGAUGUCAAAGCGCAAAUUAAGAAGAAAAUUGUCAAUGGAGUAAAAAUUGUUUUGAAGACUGUCGAGUUGGUUUACGCGUGUUUUGUAGAAAAUGAGGGAGGUGCAGUGUUGGAAAGUCUUCGAGAGCUUUACAAGACUGACUCGCAACCUCUAAUAGAAUUGGUGCAAUUUAGUGAUGCUGGUGCAAUAAAAUUGUUGCCUUCAGCUGUGAGGAAUUAUAGGUUGUCAUCGUCCAAGGAACUACAACCGUUAGCAAAGAAAGAGAUAACCGACGGCGUGCAGCAGUGGAGCGAGUGGGUACGCACGUUCAUCAGCGACAGCGUGCGCGCCUUGCUGCAGAACGUCACUCGGGUCAAAGUGUUACACGAGAUAAGAGAGGAAACGUUCAAAAUUGAAUCUCCAGCGAACUGGAGUUCGAUUUGCGAGUCGUUAGACAUCCCCGAAGUGCACGUAUGGUGUCAUUACUUCCAACCAUUACUGACUUUGCGUGUCAAAGCCAUCAUAGACAGUCGCUGGCAGAAAGUCUACGACUCCUUCAAGACUCAACUGUUGAUAGACUUGACCAAGGUGUCUUCAGACAGCGAGGUGGAGAAGGAGGCUGAUAUUAACUGGUUUGUGUGGAAGGACCUUAUCGGGGAUACGAUCAUUGAGUCAAGAAAUGAGGUUGUCAGCGUCAUGAAUAGAUUGAUGAAAGGCAUGACCCGUCAAGACCGAGGUUUCACACCAAACCUUGAAAAGCUCUGUGAAAGUCUGGACAAUGAGUUACAGAAACUACUAGAAGAUUUAAAGGAUUAUCUGUAUCAAGACAGAAAGAGUAGAGAGAAGUUAUUCGCGUAUGAAGAAGAGGAAGAGUUGGACCAAGUGUACAUAGAUAGAGCUGAAAUUGAACAGUACUUGAGGGAAACCUCGGAUAAAAAUGUGCAAAGCAUGCUUCUCUACAUAAAGGCAUGCUUCGAAGAGCCAACCCUCCAAACAACCGAACUCCAAAAGAAGACCACAGCAAUUUACACAGCACGCUUCAUCCAAGCUACAACCAACCUCAUGCCCAACCUUCGCAAGUGUUACAUCAAUGAAGAUGUACUGAACGAUGAUGAAGUGAAACGAUGGAGUGACAUUUGUGGUAUUCUGAAGAAACACUGUGUUUUGUGUUGGGAGAAGUGGUUGGGUAUCGUCGAUGGGAGAAUGAGGGAACUGACUGAAGGGUUGCCGCAAGAGUUUACUUUGGAAGCUAAUAUUGAUUAUUUGAUGAUGCAAUGGGACGUAAUAAAAAUCGAAGAGAAAGACGAAGAGGGUAAUCCAAUAGAGUCAACAAUAAAGGUACCAUCUGGACCUUCUAUGAAACUACAACAAUAUCUCUACUCUGUGAGUAGAAUACUCGACGAAGUGGUCCCACACACUCUCCCCACAGAUAUACACACGGCGUUCAUUGACAAAACUAUAUCCAUCACAUUCGCUCACUACAAUAAAGUCAUAAGAGAGAAAGAGACUGAUAUAAAUCAGCGUUGUGCUCUUCAAUUGCUCAUGGACGUGAGGCAUAUGACGUUGUUGAUGGUGUCCAGAGAGAAUAAAAGAGCUAUAGAGUUCUCUCAAGAUAUCUGCGAGUUUCUGAGGCAGAAGAUAGACCCGUUCGACUAUGAUGUCUUCUAUCCGUAUAUACAGACCAAUUUGAAGAGGUCUGUUCAGAGAGUACAGACGCUAUUAGGCAGUCUUGUCCUUCACCAUGGCCAACUGACGGGUAUUAUCGGCACCAAACCGGUACUGUCCGGUGGUACGGGAGACAAAAACUCCUCUCUACUCGCUUCCGCUGACUCCCACUGGUUCUCCAUUCUUCCCGUUGCUACACCAGCCAACUUGCAUAAGAAACAGGAGAAAGCUGUGAAGAAGAAACAAGUGUCGGCCAGUCCGAACAAGUCUCGCGCAGACAUAUCCGACCUGAUGACCAGCUCGCUGCCCAUCAACUUCGCGAACGCCAGAAGCGGGGCGGCAUCUUUCUUCAACUCUAUGACGUCUGACUGGUUUAGCGGUUAAAUAGUUAUGAUAGAUUGUUGUAUUUGAAUAUAAACUAAAUUGUUACUCGUAUAAGUAUAAAUUAAAUAAAUAUUUAUAUUGCAAAAAAAAA